AGCCCAGGCUGGUCUCAAACAUGCAACAAUCCUCUGGCUUCAGCCUCCUGAGUGCUGCAGCCAUCAUGCCCCGUGUGACAAUUUCUUAAUAUAGUCAAAUAUGCAUUGUUCAAAUUUCCCCAAUUAUGUUAUUUUUUUUCCACUUGGUGGGUUAAAGUUACGCUCCACAUGAAGUCUAUACAGUGCAUUUAUUUGCUUUGUCUUGUAAGCCUCCCUUGUUCAUGUGAUUUAUUGGUGAGGACACCAAGGUUCUGGGAAGGACAAGCUUACUUUCAGGAAAGUGGAGAGAAGGUGGGGAGAGGCAAAGAGGAGAGGAAGAGGUGGUAGGUGGAUGGUUGGACAGAGUCAGGAUGUUGUGAGGGGCACAGAGGCAGGAGGCAGAAGGCCAUCCCCACCCCUGGAAAGGAGGAGCCAGGGCUCUGCAGGUGGCCUUCCCUGGGUGCCCUGGGUAUCCCUGCCACCAGUUGCUGGAGCCCAAGAGCAGAGGCAGCAACUCAGCUGGCAGGGGAGGGUGGGGCUCAAGAUAGCCCAGGAGGAACAGGAUGUCUGUACUGGAGAGGGAGGGACAGGUCAGUGCCAAAACCCAGGCACUGGUAGUGCUCAGCUCCUCCUGCCUGGCCCAAGCCCAGCCCCCCGCCACCUCCGAGCUCCAAUUACCCUGGUACCCGGAUGUCAGCUCCUUCUGCUCACCAUGCUGGGGGUCCAAGGUCCCACUGUCCUGCUCUGCCUGCUUUUCCUCUUGCUCCUAGAACCCUACAGUGCUGAGGGGAGCCCCUCUCUUCCUCGGCGCAGGUUUGAGUACAAGCUCAGCUUCAAAGGCCCGAGGCUGGCAUGGCCGGGGGCCGGCAUACCCUUCUGGAGCCAUCAUGGAGAUGCCAUCCCAGGCCCGGAGGAGGUGCGGCUGGCACCAUCCCUGAGGAACUGCAGUGGUGCCAUGUGGGGCAGAACUCUGGUCCUCUUCCCAGCCUGGGAGGUGGAAAUGCAGAUGCGGGUGACCGGGCCAGGCCACCGGGGCUCCCAGGGCAUGGUCAUGUGGUACACCCAGGACAGGGGCCUCACUGGCUCUGUCCCUGGGCGGCUGACCUCGAGGGACGGUGUGGGGAUCUUCUUCGACUCCUCCUCCGAGGACACCCAGAACAGCCCUGCCAUCCGUGUGCUGGCCAGUGAUGGCCACAGCUCCCAGGAGCACCUUGGGAAUGGAGGCAGCCGGGUGCUGGGCUCCUGUCACCGGGACUUCCGGAAUCGGCCAUAUCCGUUCAGAGCACGGAUCACCUACUGGCGAGAGAGGCUGCAAGUGUCACUGAGCAGCGGCCUCACCCCUAGUGACCCUGAAGAGGUCUGUGUCGAUGUGGGACCCCUGCUUUUGGCCCCUGGAGGUUUCUUUGGGGUUUCAGCAGCCACUGGCACACUGGCAGAUGACCACGAUGUCCUGUCCUUCCUGACCUUCAGUCUGAGUGAGCCUGGUCCAGAGGCUCCCCCGGGGCCCUUCCUGGAGAUGGAGCAACUCCGCCUGGCCAGGCAGCUGGAAGGGCUUCGGGCAAGGCUGGCCCUGGGAACCAGGAAGGAUGCACGUCCACAGCCAAAAUCCAGAACCCAGGAAGAAGGGGAAAGGCCCUUUGACCUGCAGGCCACACUGAGCAGACACAGCUGCAUCUUGCAGGCCCUCUGGGGUCUCUCUGAGAGGCUGGCCCAAGUCAAGAAGCAAUGGAAGAAGCAGCUAGGGAACACAGGCUGGUCCAGGUCUGAGGCUGGAUGGGAUCCUGCCAAAGUCAGCACCCUGCUUGGUGGUCAGCAAGCUCUGCUCCAGGCCCUGCAAGAGAUGAGGGAUGUUGCUGCCCACAUGGCCUCAGAAGCCCAGGUCAUCUCUCUGCCUGUGGGCACUGAGCAUCACUUCCUGGAGCUGGACCGGAUCCUGAGCCUCCUGCAUAAGGACCUUCAGGGCCUCAGGAAAGCAUCAGAAAAGCACCCCUGGCCACCUGGCUGGUGCCCAGGGACCUCCGCGUGCCUGUGGCCUGGCGUCUUCCUGCUCUUCCUCCUCAUCCAGACUGCAGGCUUCUUCUACUAUGUAAACUUCAGGCAGGAGUUGGACAAGAGACUUCAGAAGUGCUGGUCGCUGGGGAGCCUCCCUCUGGGUCCUGCAUCAGACGUUCCCAGGGUGCUGGGGCCCCCAAGGAGGCAGCUCUUCUCCCCCAGCAUGCGUGAGUGACCCACAUCCAAGCCACUUCUCCUGAGGAAACACGGGCAUCCAGGGUGUGGAGAGCUUGAGUUGCAUCCUCUUCCUCUGGGUGCCCAGCCAUGGCCCACACCCGACAUUCACAAGGCCCACCUUAUUAAAGGCCACUUCUCUGUCCCCA